AUGGCUACGGACAAGAUCACUUUCCUGACCAACUGGCACGCCACCCCGUACCACGCCCCUCUCUACCUCGCUCAGGCCCGUGGCUACUUCAAGGAUGAAGGCCUCAAGGUUGCCCUGCUGGAGCCCAAUGACCCCUCCGAUGUGACCGAGAUCAUUGGUAGCGGCAAGGUCGACAUGGGCUUCAAGGCCAUGAUCCACACCCUAGCUGCCAAAGCUCGCAACUUCCCCGUGACCUCCAUUGGCUCCCUUCUCGACGAGCCCUUCACCGGUGUGGUGUACCUCAAGUCUAGCGGAAUCACUGAGGACUUCCGCUCUCUGAAGGGCAAACGCAUCGGCUACGUUGGAGAAUUCGGCAAGAUCCAAAUCGACGAGCUUACAAAGUACUACGGCAUGACCGCUGAUGACUAUACCGCCGUCCGCUGCGGCAUGAACGUUACCAAGGCCAUCAUCCGCGGUGACAUUGACGCCGGUAUUGGUCUCGAGAACGUACAAAUGGUUGAGCUGGCCGAGUGGCUUGCAGAGCAAAACCGCCCCCGCUCCGACGUCCAGAUGUUGCGCAUUGACCAGCUCGCCGAGCUGGGCUGCUGCUGCUUCUGUUCCAUUCUGUACAUUGCCAAUGACAAGUUCCUUGCUGAGAACCAGGAGCGCGUUGGCAAGUUCAUGCGUGCUGUGAAGCGUGCUACAGAUGAUGUCUUGGCUGAUCCUAAGGGUACUUAUGAGGAGUAUGUUGAUGUUAAGCCUAUCAUGGCUACUCCUGUCAACCGCAAGAUCUUUGAGCGCUCCUACGCCUACUUCAGUCGGGACCUCAAGAACGUUAGCCGUGACUGGGAGAAGGUUACUCGCUAUGGCAAGCGUCUUGGUAUUUUGGAUGAGGACUUCAAGUCCAACUAUACCAAUGAGUACCUCUCCUGGGCGCUUGAUGCUGACUCUACUGAUCCCACUGGUGAUCAGAAGCGGAUGGCUAAGCUGCAGGAGGAGGUUGCUGCCAAUGGUGGCUUCCAGCGUCUUGGUGUUGCUGCCUCGGCUUAG